AUGGCUUCGGUUCGAGCCGCUACCUCGAUCGAUUGGUCAAAAUUAACCAUAACCCUAGGUUUAAAGAAAGAAACUAUAGCAUCUUUACAGGCAUUUCGUAAGCGUAAUGAGGAGGCAAAACGCGUGGUUUCUGCUCUUAAACAACAAAAAGCCGAGAUUGAUUUCGAUCACUAUAGAAAUAUUUUAAAAAAUAAAGCGAUCGUAAACGAGGCUGAAAAAGUUUUAAACAGCUUUAAGCCGACAAAAGUUGAUCUAAAUGCACAAAUAAAAAUUGUUGAAACUUUUGAAGAAAAAGCUGCUACUUUGUCUAACAUGGAACACACGAGACCUUUCAAAGAUAUUAGUGUUGACGAAUUAGUUAAAGCUAGACCAGAUCUCAAUGACAUCGUUGAGAAAAUGGUUAAAAAAGGACGUUGGACAGUUCCUGGUUACGAAGAAAAAUUUGGAUAUUAA